AUGGCUGAAUCAGGUUCUCUUGACUUUGAUCUGCUGUGGUAUCUGGAGAAACUCAACAAAAGGGAAUUUCAGAGUUCGAAGAAUCAUCUUGGACAAGCAUGUGUGGAGAUUGGACUCCCACCGAUCCCAAGGCUGGACCUAAGGAAAACCAGACCAGACCUAGUUGACCUGUUGACAGUCUCUUAUGAAGUGCAGCACAUCUGGAAUAUAAUGUACAGCAUCUUCCACAAGAUCAACCGUGACAAUCUCUGUGAGAAGAUCAAUGCUAGGUGAAGCCGUAACAGAGAAACACACAAAGUCCUUGCAAAGAAAACUUUCUUACUUCAGUGGGGGAGGUGCCUUCAUAAGGAUGUUCAUAAUGAAUUCUGUAGAGGAAUGAUCAUAGAAAUUCUCAACCAACUUGAUGUUGCAUAUAACCCUACAACCACUGUGUCUCCAAAGGACUUGAAUGUGUUUCUGGUGGGAGAGAAAGCAGCUGGGAAAACAAUGGCUAUUGAAAUGGCAGUGUCAAAGUGGGCAGAUGGCAAGAUUUGGAAGGACGUCAUCUCAUAUGUCAUUUACCUCACUUCUCAGGAAAUCAAUCAGAUGGCCAAUAGCAGCUUGGUGGAUCUGAUCUCCAAGGGCUGGCCCGAAGACCAAGCUCCCAUUGCAGAUAUCCUCUCUGAUCCCCAGAAGUUCCUCUUUAUUCUCGAGGACCUGGACAACAUAGAAGUCAACCUCAACAUGAACGAAUCUGCUCUGUGCGGUGACAGCAGGCAGCAGGUGCCAGGAUGGGAACUGCUUGCCAGUUUGCUGAUGAGAAAGAUGGCUCCAGGGUGCUCCUUCCUCAUCUCAUCAAGGCCAGAUUGUGAGGCUGCUGUAAGAGCACUAAUGAAGACGACAGACAAGUUUAUGACUCUGCAGUUCUCCAAUGAAAUGAGGCAGAAGUAUUUUACCUUCUUCUUCAAGGACAGUCACAGGGCUACGACAGCCUUCAAGCUUGUACAAGAGGAUGAAAUGUUCAUGGACCUGUGCCAAGUCCCCAUCUUAUGCUGGGUCACUUGCGUUGCCCUCAAUUGGCAGAUGGACAUGGAGGAUGAUUUGCAACACUUCUGCCAAACACUCACAGAUAUAUAUGCCCAUUUUCUUGCCCAUACACUGACAUUUGAGGCUGGAGUUCCUGCUAAUCGGUACCCCCUAGUCCUACUGGAACGUCUGUGUUCAUUGGCUUUAGAAGGACUGUCCCAUGACACACUGCAUUUUAGCGAGAAGGACCUCAGAUGUGUUGGGCUCACUCGUGCUGAUGUGUCCACAUUGCAGACCCUCAAGAUACUUUUGCCAAGCAGUAACCAUAAAGAUCAUUACACAUUUAUACACUUGAAAAUCCAGGAGUUUUGUGCAGCUAUAGCAUACAUGAUGGUAUUAACCAAGUGCCCAAUCCCCUCGGCCAGUAAAAGAUAUAAAGAAAGAAGGGAAAGAUACAAUGAUUUUAGUCCAAUAACUACUUCCAUUUUUGGUCUUCUUAAUGAGAAGAGAAGAAAUAUUCUUGAGACAUCCUUUGGCUGUCACUUAUUGACAGGAGAGCUCAGGCAAUACUUUCUACAGAAAAUGAAAUGUUUUGGUAAUAAUUCAAAAGCCGUGGAACACCACACACCUUUGUUUCAUUGCCUCUUUUAGAAUCAGGAGGAAGAAUUUGUGAAACAAGUCAUGGAUUCUUUUUCAGAAGCCAGUGUUUACAUUCAAAACAACAGAGAUCUGAUGGCUUCAUCAUAUUGUCUGGAGUGCUGCCAUUUUCUACAGAAACUUAGGUUGAGUAUUCAAUGCAUCUUUGAAAACAAGAAGCCUAAUGUGAUGCUAACUUCUAGUAAAAUGAAGAGCCUUGUUUACUGGAGAGACAUCUGCAAUCUACUUCACACCAGAGAGAACCUCCAGGAGCUGGAAAUUUGUAACAGCGAACUUGAUGAUACCUCAGAAAGGGUUCUGUGUAAAGCCCUGAGACAUCCCAGCUGUCAACUUCGAACACUCAAGUUGACCUAUCUCUCAGUUGGCACCACAUUUGAAGACGUAUUCAAGGCUAUUGUUUAUAACCAGAACCUUACUAUUUUGAGUCUGAAUUGUAUGCCUAUUUCUUUAAAGAUGUUUUCACUUCUGCAUGAGGUCUUAGAAAGUUCAAUGUGCAGCAUACAGCACCUGAGCUUGACGAAAUGUGACUUGGAAACUCAUGCAUGUAAAGAAAUCGCCUCUCUCCUCAUCAGCAGCAAGCUGAAGAAACUGACCCUAUCCAAAAACCCACUGAAGAACAAUGGGGUGAAAAUCCUAUGUGAUGCUUUGCUCCAUCCAGACUGUGGUCUUGAGUCACUGGUGCUACUCUUCUGUUGUCUCACUAAAAACUGUUGCAGCUCCCUUGGGAGAGCCCUCAUGUUCAGCAAGACUCUGAAACAUCUAGAUCUGAGUGCAAAUUACCUACAGAAUCAUGGAGUAUUGGUUCUAACUCUGCCCUUACUGUUUCCAACCUGUCAAUUACAGGAGCUGGAGCUUUCUGGUUGCUUUUUUACCAAUGAUGUCUGUCAACAUAUUGCUUCAGCUAUGAUUAAUAAUCCAAACUUCAGGAGCCUGGAGCUCGGGAGCAACAAUAUAGGGGAUUCAGGAAUGGAGGUGCUGUGUAAUGCUUUGAAACAUCCCAGCUGCAAGUUAGAGAACAUUGGGCUGGAAGAGUGUAUGUUAACCAGUGCCUGCUAUGCAUCUCUCACCUUUGUUCUUAAGAGCAGCAAAACUCUGAAAAAACUCAAUCUGCUUGGAAAUAAGUUGGGUGAUGAGGGAAUUGUGAAACUUCUAGAGAGCUUGGGACACCCAGAUUGUAUACUUCAGACAGUUGGGCUUCAAAUAAAUGAUAUGGAUGUAGAAACCAUGAAGCUACUACUGACUGUAAAAAAGAAAAAUACCAAACUGGUCUUCAUUUCUCAAUCUUGGGCUAAAAAGGAAGGCAGAGAAGUCAGCAAGUGUCCUAUAGGGUGA